AUGGAUCAAAGACGAAUAUUGUUGAUAUUAUUGUUGGAGAUGUGGCAUUUAGAGACCAUGUGUGCUUGCACGAUUCUUGUGCUUAUGAUGCUAAAAAAUAUGAGAAGAAAUCGAGGACUUUUAGAAAGACGUUCCCUCAAUAACCGUUCGUUUGUUAGACAUGAGAAUCGAUUACGUUAUUUGAACAGUAUAUUAGGCAAUGAUAGAGAAUGUGUGAGUGAACUAAGAAUGGAUUUAAAGACAUUUGGUUUAUUAUGUGAUUUGCUUCGCACGGAUGGAAGGUUAAAGAAUGACGGUUUGGUGACUGUGGAGGAGCAAGUAUGUAUGUUCUUGCAUAUGCUUGCUCAUCAUGUUAAGAAUCGUACUAUUAGAAAUAGAUUUGUUCGAUCAGGAGAGACUAUUAGUAGGUACUUCAAUUCCGUGUUACAAGGCAUUUUAAGAUUACAAGGUAGCCUAUUGAGAGUACCGGAACCUGUAGGUGAUAACUGCACAGAUCAUAGAUGGAAAUGGUUUAAGAAUUGCUUGGGAGCACUAGAUGGAACAUACAUUAAAGUGCGAGUAGCUGAAACCGAAAAACCGAGAUAUCGGACUAGAAAGGGAGAAAUUGCAACAAAUGUAAACGUAAUAGAACGUUGCUUUGGGUUGCUAAAAGCUAGAUGGGGCAUACUAAGGAGUCCAUCUUUUUAUCCAAUAAAGACACAAUGUCGAAUAAUUACGGCUUGUUGUCUUUUACAUAAUCUCAUUAGGAGGGAGAUGUCUAGAGAUCCACUAGAGUAUGAAAUAAAUGAAAUUGAAGAGACGGAAAAUGUGAUAGAAGGUGAUAUGGUUGGCACCAUUGGAGCAUCGGAUGAAUGGACUACUUGGAGGAAUGACUUGGCGUUCCAAAUGUAUAAUGAGUGGCAAGGAAAUGCGAAUAACUAG